AAAAGUGAAAACCACGGAGCCCGUUCACUCUAACACACGGGAGUGGUGUGCCGUUUGGUUUCGAUCAAGGGGAGUCUGUUGUGACACAUCGAAAGGAUUUAUCCCAAAAGUGUACAAUGUUGUGGAUCGGGUCUGUUUUUUGCACUUUCUCCGUGCUGUCCCUUUCAAUUGGAGCUGAUCUCAAACCACGAAGCUGCAGCGAGGUCAGGCAGGCGUACACUGCUAAAGGCUUCAGUCUGGUCAAUGUUCCUCACCAGGAAAUAUCAGGAGAACAUCUGCGAAUAUGUGCCCAGGGAUACACAUGCUGUACCUCAGAAAUGGAAGACAAACUCAGCCAGCAGAGUAAACUGGAGUUUGAAAACCUGGUUGAAGAAGCAAGUCACUCCAUGCGUACAACCUUUGUGUCCAGACAUAAGAAGUUUGAUGAAUUCUUCCGGGAGCUCCUGGAAAACACCAAGAAGUCCUUAAAUGACAUGUUUGUGCGUACGUACGGCCACUUGUACAUGCAGAACUCCGAGGUGUUUCAGGACCUGUUUGCAGAGCUCAAGAGGUACUACACGGGUGGCAACGUUAAUUUGGAGGAGAUGCUGAACGAUUUCUGGGCUCGGCUGCUUGAACGGAUGUUUCAGCUGGUGAACACACAGUACCACUUUACAGAGGACUACUUGGAGUGCAUUAGCAAGUACACAGACCAGCUGAAGCCUUUCGGAGAUGUCCCAAGAAAACUGAAGGUUCAGGUUACUAGAGCAUUCAUUGCUGCUCGCACCUUUGUCCAGGGUCUCACUGUUGGCAGAGAGGUGGCCAACAGAGUGUCCAAGGUCAACCCAACUCCUGGGUGCAUCCGGGCACUAAUGAAGAUGUUAUACUGUCCUCAUUGUCGCGGAAUUCCUGCCCUAAAGCCCUGCAACAACUACUGCCUGAAUGUAAUGAAGGGAUGCCUGGCGAACCAAGCCGAUCUUGAUCCGGAAUGGAAUCUCUUCAUAGAUGCCAUGUUGUUGGUGGCAGAGAGGCUGGAGGGACCUUUUAACAUCGAGGCAGUGAUGGAGCCCAUCGAUGUUAAGAUUUCUGAAGCCAUCAUGAAUAUGCAGGAAAACAGCAUGCAAGUGUCAUCAAAGGUGUUUCAAGGUUGUGGGCAGCCAAAACCAGCUCCCCCUGGAAGAUCCACUCGUGCUGCUUCAGACAUUUUCAACCACCGCUUCAAGCCAUCCGAAGAAAGGCCCACCACAGCAGCUGGCACAAGCCUCGACAGACUGGUUGUUGAUAUUAAAGAAAAACUGAAGAAGUCUAAAAAGUUCUGGUCCACAUUACCUGACAGCAUCUGUAGUGAUGUCAAAGUGACAGGUGACAGAUCUAAUGAAGAGGAAUGCUGGAACGGGCACACGAAGGGCAGGUACUUGCCUGAAAUCAUGAACAAUGGCCUUACAAACCAGAUUAAUAACCCCGAAGUUGAAGUUGACAUCACAAGACCAGACACUUUCAUUCGUCAGCAGAUCAUGGCACUCAGAGUAAUGACAAACAAGCUGAGAAAUGCAUAUAAUGGAAACGAUGUCAAUUUUCAAGAUGCAAGUGAUGAAGGCAGUGGGUCAGGAAGUGGCAGUGGAUGCACUGAGAUGUGCAUCCCUGAAUUUGAAGUUAUCAGCACAAAAGCCCCCACUGUCGUCGUGGACAGAUUUGCUGAAACGAAGGCUUCAGCCCCCAAGCCGAGCCACUCCCUGGUGCUCACUGUGUUCCUUCUCUGCACGCUCUUCGCACUGCAGAGAUCAUUGAGAUAAUGCUGGUGAUCGUGCUGAUGGACAGACAGCAGGCAUUUGCUGUUUUGUUCAUGUUGGACACAUGACUACACCCUGGCAAUUAAGAGUUUUUAAAUGGAGAGCGCAGUACCAUAACCUGCUUCCCCUUUUCCAAAGAAUGCUUGGUGCCAUGUCGAAGCAGCUUAUGCCAAACUCCUUACUCCUUCUCCGGAGCUUUCUGAAGAUGCUGUACUGAAGAACAACGUACUGUCCAAGACUUUACUUUAAAUACAAAUCUAAUUUUUCUUUUUUUUCAUACAGUAAAAGUGAAGACAUCUCACAGAGACUUAAGAUUGGACUAAGUUUCCAUUUUACAAAGCCCCCCCACCACACAGAACAAAACAAACCACUGUGAGAAUCCAAUUCGAAAGAGCUCUUAUGAAAACUGCAGCCUAUUACUAAACACAAUGUGAAAUUGGAAAGAUUGUGUUUUUAAUAAAGGGUGUUGCCUAUUGAAGAUAAGACUUCUUAACAUUUACUUUUAAUUGAGCACUCUUUUCAGUUUAUCUCCUAUAUGAGACUUUAAAAAAACAAAAUCACUUUUUUAAUAUAUAUUUUAGGGGGGGGGGGCUUUUUGAUUUUAGUGUUAUUGGUGUAUUUCUUAUUGGUCAAAGUGGUUGGUUCAAUACGCAAAUACGAAGAAAAAAGUCAUUUUUCAUUUUCCUUUGGUAGAGUUGGAUCCCCCGUUUCUAUUAAGAGUUUUUAAAGUAUGAAUUUUUUAAAGUCCUACUGAAUUGUUAGUACAGAUCGUUCAUAUCUCUUCACAGCUCUAGGAAUGACUGCGUGGUGUUUCUUUUAGAUGCAGACCAUACAGAUUUGUUUUGUACUGGUUGUGUUUCAUAAAAAAAGUACUUUUUAAGUAUACAGGUUUUUACUAAUCUAGCAAUUACUGAUCGUAUGAAAUUGAAAGGCAGUAAAUGUCCUGCCUUAAGACUUUAAGCCAUGAAUGUUGGGCAUGCUUAUCAUGUCAGGGGUACCAGAACCCAGGAGUUGACUUUACACCCAUGUUAACUGAAGCACUGUACACUAUUUGAAUCUGAUCCACUGUAUCUUCUAUACAAAAAGAAAAAAAUGCAUUAUAUCUAUAGAGAAAAUAUGCUCAUACAAUGGGUCAUAUUGCUAUUACAUAGGAUAGCCUUUUAACACAUGUAUUUUUAAAAGAGGGAUUUUGCUUCUGACAACUAGGAGCAAAACAAUGUAUUUCUCUUAUUUAGUCUUAGUAUUAAUCAUCUAUUUUUAUAAUCACAGAUUUUAAGAAAUUGUAUCUAUUAGCUCAGGGUUGACAUGUCUGUAAAAAUGCAAGGUGUUUUGUCAACCGUUUUUUGUUUGUUUGUUUGUUUAUUGCGCAUGCUAAACUCCUUCAGGCCCCUCUCUUGUUUUUCUGGUGCCCUUUCAAUCCUCCAUCCAAUAGAUAUCAUUAUAACUUCUCAGCUUCUCUUGCCAAAGGGAUAGAUAAUCCCUUUAGGUUGCUCAGACACAGUGAGGACCUGGCCAGUUUCAUGUUCUCAGGGUGUUAAAUGCGCCCAACAACACAUUCUGCCUCAGUGACAAAUUGAAGGUUCAGUAAAUAUGAGGAAUGAGUCGGGAUGUUGGGAUUCAAGUAACAAGCACCUCAAUUCAGGAUCGAAAGCUUAAUGAGUCAAGUGUUUGUCAGUUACAUUCAAUGUGCCCAUAGCACUACACGCUUAAGUGCAAAUACAUGAAGUAAGACAGAACAAAAAAACACUGCAUCUUACAUUGUAGCCCUUUUUAUGCUGUUUUUGUUUCGUACUACAAUCAUAUUUAUCGCAAAAUAACCUAAGUAGAUAUCAUUACAAAUAAUUUAACAAAACAAGGAGUGUCUUUUUUUUAUUAUUAUUUUUUUUUAGAAGCCUGUGUUUUGCUUGGUAUGCAUUACCUUGCCCAUUUUCAGAAGUUGGGGUUCUAAAUCUGUCUGAAACUCAUUAAGACUAUAUAAGAAAUCUCACAGGUAGGAGUGAUGGAAAGGGUUGUAUAUAGUGCUCGAUCAGGAUGCUUAACUUGAGACUCAUUUGUCAUUUGCCGAGCUUCAGAAUAAGGAUGCUUUUUGCUGGAUUCCCCAGCAGUACAUUUCAUUUGGGUUUUAAUUUCUUUCUCGAGUCUGAUCAUGACUACAGUGUUGAAUUGUAUGCCAAUGUUUAAACUGUCUGGUAAAUACUCAGCAGCCCACUGCUUAAACACUCUGCAAUAUUCUACAUUUAUUUUCAUUUCAGUUGCCAAUCAUGAGAUAUUUUGCCAAAUCUAUGUGAGGUAUAAUAAAGCUACCCAAUGUAUUAUUUUUAGCUCUUUACUCCCUUAGAAACUCCUAGUUGCAUUAUAGCAAAUAAAACAUAAAUACAGGCUUCUUCAAUUAACCAUUAGAGGGAUGUAUAUGUAUAUUGUCCAAAAUGCUCCUGGUUUUAACAAGCUGUUUGGAAAGUUAUAUUCAGUAUUAAUUUGCAGUGGCAGGUAUGGGAUUGAUCGUCAUUUGGAGAUGACAUAAAAACAAUAUUGUGCAACAUAGUAUUGUGCUAUGCAGUUUUGAGGCCUGAGGCACAACUGAAAAUGAACUUGUGGAUGAGGUCAGUAAAAAGAAUUUGAGAAGGUCAGUAAAGGGAGUAGGGCUGGGAGUACAGUGCUAAAUCUGCUGCUGCCGUGCACAAGGUAUAAAUCAAGGUUCAAGUUCCGUGAAGCUUAAAAAGCUAGCAGGGCUGGAAAUGAGAAACUUAAGUGCCAGCGACAAUUGGGUAAAGCUUGAAAGCACUCUGGAGUAUUUUCAUGGCUACAGCAAUAGUGAGGAGAGCGGGUAUUGGAGUAAACAAGUUAAUAUCACUAAAGCAGACACUUCUAAAAUGAAAGCUAACAGAAAAGUAAAUGUCUCAUUUGUUAUGGGCCUCAGGUUUCAAAAGUUGCAGUGAUUAGGAAACUUUUAUUAAGGCUUAUAGCUAGUAUAAUGGUGUUAAGGUAAUUUACAAUAUUCUGUCAUUUUCCAACUUUUGUUACAGAUAGUAAAAGCCAUCAAUAGAUAACACAUUAUGUAUAUACGUAACUCCGGCAUCAGAACAAAAACAUUUAUUCAUCGCUGACUGUAGCUUGCAUAUAUUACAUAUUUAUGUUUUAUAUUUUAACUGACUUUAUACUUAUUUAACUUGUGUUCAGUUAUCAAUAAUAAAUAGUUUCAAAGAGCAAGCCAUUUAAUUUGAGUUAAGGUCUACAUUUACUGGAAAUAAAACAUUUUAUACAGAUGGAUAGAUAUUAUUAUUACACUAUGGGAUUUAAAAGAACAAUUUGUGAAUCUCCUUUAAACAGCGAGCAAGUGCUUAACAAAGAUUAAUGUACUCAUCUACUUUAAAUACAGUAUUUUCCUGUAACGAUGUUGCCACUUCUCCAUCUCAUUGUGUAACUAUUGUCAGUAUGUCUGACACAGCUGACAAAGGUUUUGCUUUUGCUGUAAAAUCACACAAAAUGUGUCCUUUAUUUUGUACUUUUAAAUUAUUCCAACUCAGUGUUUUAUGUAAAGAACGGACUCUGUAUGUUUACAUCAACAAGAAUAAAUCUUGAAGGGUGUUUCAAAACAGUUUAACACAUUUUAUUGUAAACAAAAAAAGUAUUUUACAUGACUUGCAACCUAACUUUUUUUUUUUUUAUUACAUUUGGUUACUUUUUCUUGUAACAUAACUAUAUAAUUGGAGGUGUGCUAAUAAAACAUGAAUUGAAAUAUA